CUGCCGCCAUCCGUUGGUGGUGGUUGUUGGUCUAUCGUGUGAAGAAGAAGCAAGAGACACGCGCGAUUCGUUAGAUACAACUUGCGUUUGCCAAAAAUAAAAUAAUUCUAAAGUCUGCAGUGGAUGUUCGUGUUUUAUUUUUUCUAUUGACCCUAAGAAGCAGAUCAUGGUAUCAGCUACAUAGGGUUCGAUUGCAGAUUUUAGAGAAGUGGCAAUCCCAUAGUUCAAUUUGAAGAUCGCGCGCGCGGAUGAAAUCUCUUGAUCGCGAUGUUUUUGGAAGUGUUCCUGGUUUGUUGCGGUUUGUCGCAGUUCGCGAGUGGUGGAGUGGUUAAUGUCAGAGAAGUGACGGAAGGGCCUCCGGUGCUGAGGUACGAAGCUCCGGAUGAUUGCCAGUGGUGGGUCAGGGAGCCGGCAGCCGUCGGAGGACAAGACGAGGUUGCCCUCACGUGCAAAUUGAGGACGAUCAACAGCGAAUUCGAUACGACCAAUUUCAGCGUUAUCCCUUCGGAGCACACGACGUCCCUUCGCAUCGAAUGUAGCGAUGUUAUAAUGUCCCGCAGUAGUCUGGACGAUCGCAGCUUCGUCCAUCUGAACAAGCUUAGAGAAUUGGAGUUGGAGCACUGCAAAUUGGGAAGGUGGCCCGCUCACACCCUUCUGGGUCUUCGCGAUUUGAGGAAUCUCACGAUCAAAACUCACAACACCGAAUGGCCUGAGAUGAGCUUAGAUUUUGCUCCGGAAAGCUUCGUUCCUGUUAGACAGCUCGAACGCCUCGACGUGAGUUGCAACAACAUUUGGUCGUUCCCGGAGAACAUCUUUUGCCCUCUCAUGAAUCUAGUCGUACUGAACGUUAGCGAAAAUAGGCUUCAGGACGUAAACGAUUUAGGUUUCCGCGAGAAGUCGCCGAGUCAACCUCAACCUUUAAUAAGCACCGUGGAUGAGGACCAUCUCCGACACGAAUCCCGAACUCUGGCUCAUCCGUGCAGUUUGGAUGUCCAGGUUCUGGAUGCGUCUCACAACCAUUUCGUUUUGAUCCCAGCGAACGGUUUUGGAGUUCUGAGACGUCUUCGAGAACUUUAUUUGCACAACAACGAAAUUUCACUCGUCACCGAUCGCGCUUUAGACGGUCUCAAAGCUUUGCAGAUCUUCGACCUGUCUAACAACAAAGUCGUCGCUCUCCCUUCAGAACUCUUCAAAGACGCCGCUGCCUCUAUAAAGGAGAUCUAUCUGCAGAACAAUUCGAUCAGCAUGCUCGCCCCGGGCCUCUUCUCUAAACUGGAUCAACUCUUGGCCCUCGACCUUUCACGAAACUACCUCAAAGGUAAUUUCAUCACGGGAAGUACUUUCUCCGGUUUGAUAAGACUCGUGCUGCUGAACCUGUCGUACAAUCGCAUCGAAAAGCUGGAUCCGACUUUCUUCCAAGACUUGUACACCCUGCAAAUUCUGAACUUGGAGCAUAACGCCUUAGAGACUAUACCAGCGGACACGUUCGCCCCGAUGAACAAUCUGCACACGCUCAUCAUAUCCUUCAACAAAAUCACGUAUUUGGACGCUUACUCCCUGAACGGCUUGUACGUUCUCUCGCUGCUGGCGCUCGAUAAUAAUCUUCUCGAGGGCGUCCAUCCUGAGGCGUUCAGGAACUGUUCUUCGCUGCAGGACCUGAAUUUAAACGGAAACGUGUUGAGCGCCGUGCCGUUAGCUUUGAAAGACAUGCGUCUCUUACGCACUGUGGAUUUGGGAGAGAACGUGAUCACGUCGCUCGAGGAACCGGGGUUCCGCGGUAUGAGCAAUCUCUACGGAUUAAGGUUGAUUGGUAAUCGCAUUCAGAACAUUAGCAAACGCGUUUUUACCGAUCUCCCGGCGCUGCAGAUAUUGAAUUUGGCGAGGAACAAAGUGCAGAGGAUCGAGCACGGAGCGUUCGCUUACAGUCCGAAUUUGCAGGCGGUCAGAUUGGACGCGAAUCAGAUGACCGAUAUGAACGGUCUGUUCGCCGAUAUUCCGAGCCUUUUGUGGUUGAACGUGUCCGAUAACAACUUGGAAUGGUUCGAUUAUUCGAUGAUACCGAGAGGAUUGCAAUGGUUGGAUAUGCAUAAGAACAACGUGAAGGAAUUGAGCAAUCAUUAUAAUUUAGAUUUGGAGCUGCAUCUGCAGACGUUGGAUGCUAGUUUUAAUAAAUUGACUAAGAUUAAUUCGCCCGCGGUUCCGAGCAGUUUGGAAUUGGUGUUCCUCAACGAUAAUUUGAUUUCUUUGGUGGAGCCGCAUACUUUCCUCAAGAAGACUAAUUUGACUCGAGUGGAUUUAUACGCGAAUCAAAUUGUGAGCAUGGAUUUGAACGCGCUGCGUUUGACUCCCGUGGAUCCGGAGAAGCCUCUACCCGAGUUUUAUAUUGGUGGGAAUCCGUUUCAGUGCGAUUGCAAGAUGGAGUGGCUGCAGAGGAUUAACAAAUUGGACCAUCUGCGGCAGCAUCCGCGCGUCAUGGAUUUGGAGAGCAUCUACUGCAAGUUGUUGUAUAAUAGAGAUACCAAUUACUUGCCUCUAGUGGAAGCCGAAUCCAAUCAGUUUCUGUGUACCUAUAAAACGCAUUGUUUCGCCGUGUGCCACUGCUGCGAUUUCGAUGCUUGUGAUUGCGAGAUGACUUGUCCGACGAAUUGCACUUGCUACCAUGAUCAAUCUUGGUCCGCAAAUGUAGUUGAAUGCUCCGGCGUUGGAUACACCGAGAUGCCGAGUAGAAUCCCGAUGGAUGCGACUGAAGUGUAUUUGGAUGGAAAUAACUUUGGAGAGUUAUCUAGUCAUUCCUUUAUAGGCCGCAAGAAUUUGAAGGUGUUGUAUGCUAAUAGCUCGAAUAUAGCUGCAAUUUACAACCACACAUUCAGCGGUUUGCGGAGACUUAUUAUGCUGCAUUUGGAGAAUAAUCGGAUCAAGGAGUUGCUCGGAUUUGAACUAGCUACGCUAGAGAACUUGAGAGAGUUGUACUUGCAAGGUAACCUCAUACAUUACAUCGACAACAGGACGUUUAUCGAGCUGAAGCAUUUGGAAGUGCUCAGGUUGGAUGGGAAUCGGUUGAGUUACUUUGCGGUUUGGCAGUUUACUCUGAAUCCGUAUUUGGUGGAGAUAGGGCUAGGAGAGAACCAGUGGUCCUGUGAGUGCGAGUACGUGCAGAAGUACAGGUCGUGGUUGCAGGUCAAUUAUGGGAAAGUCGUGGACGCUGGGAAGAUCGUGUGCAUGUAUAGCAACAUCACCAAAGCCCUUGGGCCGCAUUUAGCUGAUUUCAAUGCGACUUCCUGCGCCGCCUACACGAGUAAUACGCGUGCGGUAGUCGAGAGUCAAGUGAUGAAUGAUUAUCUGCCCUUGCUGCUCGUCACCAUGUGCCUUUUCCUGGUGAGCGUCGUCAUCGUCUGCGGCGGAUUCUAUUACCGUCGCGAGUUAAGAGUUUGGAUUUAUUCGCGCUGCGGAUUGAGGAUGUGCUACAAGACCACCGCCUUCGAGGAACAGCAAGACAAGGAUCGUCUCUUCGACGCCUAUAUCAGUUACAGCGUGAAAGACGAGGCGUUCGUGAGUCAGGUGCUCACACCCGGCCUAGAGGGCUCCGAACAAGGCUACCGCCUUUGCCUGCACUAUCGAGAUUUCAAUGUAUCCGCCUACGUCGCGGAUACCAUCAUCGAGGCCGUCGAGUCUUCGCGUCGCACCAUCAUCGUGCUUUCCAAGAACUUCCUGCACAACGAGUGGUGCCGUUUCGAGUUUAAAUCGGCGCUGCACGAGGUGCUCAAAGAUCGCAGGCGGAGGUUGAUCUUCGUCGUCACCGGAGAGCUACCGCAACGCGAUUUGGAUCCUGAUCUAAGGCUUUACCUCAAAACCAAUACCGUAAUCGAGUGGGGUGAUCGUCAGUUCUGGCAGAAGUUACAAUUCGCUAUGCCCGAUGUGAAGAGGCCUUGUCUUCAUCAGAGAUCCUCGGUUAACAUCUACGCUUCAACCACCCACCAUCUCGGAAUGGACAGGGCGCGGAGUCCAGUUCUACCGCCGCCUCCUCCACCAGGAAAACUGCCGCCCUUUCUUCAGCACCCGCCCAGCCUUCCCAGGGACACCAGAAACAUGCCCCAUCCAUUAUGGGCGUAGCGGAUAUUUUACCACAGUGUCCCACUCAACAUGGACGUGGACUUCUAGGCAUGGAGCGGGAGACGUUCGCAGAAUCGAUGGUGAAAAUGUUAUGUGAUAUUAAAUGAAAAGUGAACUGAAUAAUUCUAAAGUAAAGAGAGACGAACGGUUUUUUUUUUGUUAUAUAAGUGAAAACUGAACGGACUGAUAUCGAGAAUUCCAGAAAUAUUAUUAAAU